GCAGAUGAACAUAUAUUGCUAUUCCAGCGUAUUUCCUGACGCCGUUGUCAACGUGACGAACCCAAGAACAACCUCGACCACGAUCACGAUCACGCACCAAGCUACUGAUAAAUGUCUAUCGUUUUCAACGUAUUCACACCGAGACACAGACGACAUUCCGAACAUCCAGCAACACUCCCACCACCCAUUCUCAAUCGCGAUCCCCAUUUCCGGCUCAAAUCCAGCCUCCGGGUCCGGGCUUCACAUCACGUCGUGAAAUGGAAAACUCCGCCCCGAGCACCGACCACCAUCAUCGGUGCCUCCGUCACUCCGAAAACAACCUCUCCGUACCCCUCCAAGGGUGACCGCCGUAGACAGCACUGCGCCUCUCGAUCCCGCACCGACUCCCCCUUCUCCCGCUUACUCGUCGCGUUGAUGAUGCCCAGAGAAGCAGAGCCUCAAUCCAUAUGCUUCUCCAUGCCUGCAUCCAACCCAUCCCCUUUUCUUACGUAACGCGCUUUACAUUUUACGUACGAACAUCGUCAUUAGGAAGGGGUCUUGAUUCGGGCGUAAGUCACGCUCCCUCUCUUCUGAUACCAGCCUCACAAGCCGCUCCAUCUCGGGAUUGUCGAGGCGGAUACCAUCGGGUUCAAGAACUCUCUCUCUCUCUCUCUCUCUCUCUCAACACCUUGCCGCAUCAAU